UUAAAAAUGGAUGCACCCGUGACAUAAAACUCCAAAAGUUCAGUAUCUAGGUUUACUUGCUUAUUUCUAUGAUGGCAGCUAUUUUGAAGCAUUGGAGAGAGGCAGCAACGUUGUUGCUCGUUUCAAAAUCUAGAAAAAUCGUUCCUAAUCUUGUUAAUGGCGGCGGCAUGCAGCUUGAAGGUGUGACCUCCGAGCUGUCAGAAUUCAAUUACAAAAUCCUGAUGCUAAAAAGGUCAGCUAAAAGCAAGUUCAUGCCAGAUGUGUAUGUGUUUCCGGGGGGUAUUGCAGAAGAUGCCGACUUUUCGACAGAGUGGUUAGAUUUAUACAAGAAGUUUGGUGCAUCAGAAUGUCAUGAGCUACUCACAUCUCUGAAAGUUGCAGGGGAAGGUCCCCCGAUGUUCAGUAGGCCACGAAGCCCUGAAUUUGAGCAAAUACCAAGUGAGUUAGCUUUCAGAAUUUGUGCCAUUCGUGAAACUUUUGAAGAGUCAGGGGUACUAAUUGCAAGAACAUUUGAAGAUAAAUCUGGUUUAAAAAAUAAUUUUCCUCAGCAACCAGUAUCUGGUACAAGUUAUCACCUGGAUAGCGAUGAAUGGCGUAAACGUGUGGAUAAAAACCCAGCAGAAUUUAUUGUGAUGUGUCGGACACUUAAUGUGAUUCCUGAUGUCUGGUCACUUUCAGAAUGGUCAAAUUGGCUGACCCCUACGACAUUGUCAACGAAUGCAAAAAAAUCAGGUAGAAGAUACGACACUGCUUUCUUUCUUUGUGUACUCGAUCAUCUUCCAAAAGCUGUGCAUGAUGACAAAGAGACUGUACAUUUACAGUGGGCAGCUCCUGACACUUUGCUGAGUGUUUACAACAAACAUAAAGGAGGCCUAGCUCCACCCCAAGUCUAUGAAGUGUGUAGGCUUCUUAACUUUCAAAACAUUGAAAACCUUCAACAGUUUGCAUGGGAAAGGGCAAUGGAAAAACGUGUUGCACAAUAUUUCCCUGUUGUGGUACUAUGUGAAGAUGGCAUAAUUGUUGUCUAUCCAGGCGAUGAGUUGUACCCCACAGACCCUGACAGAGUUGGGGAGAAUCCACCAAUCAGUUUACAGUGUUCUAUAGCGGAGCUUCCAGAUAAAUACCCUGUCAUGAACAGAAUGCUUGUUAGUGGUCCUCACUCGGUGAACACGUCAGCUGGGGAUGGCCAGGUCAUCCCAGACUUUCACCAUGAGACUCUGUCUGAUAUGGCAAGCUCAAAGCUGUGAUAUAUACAAAGAACAUGUAGGAUUUAAUUUUAGACAUGUGUAAAUGAUAUAUAUCUGUAUUAAGUAUGGAAUGUGUGAUAUAAUGCACAAAUGAUUUUGAAACGGGUUCUAUAAAAAUGAAAUAAAAUGUUAGUAUUUAUUGCAAAAUUAUAUAAAUUUAAAAGUACACUUAAAUGAGAAAAGUAUCAUUAAUUAUACCCCACGCAACUAGUUGCGUGAGGUAUAAUGUUUUUGACCCGUCCGUCAGUCAGUCAGUCCUUUUUUUUUGUCAACGCAACU